GACAUGUUGAUAUUGUUGAUAAGGUUAUGAACUUUAUUUUGAAAAAGUGGCACUAAGCAUUUCUUAACAAUAAAUUAGUAAUUUCUGAAUAAUGAUUGUUCGAACGGCCAAAACUAUUAAAAACCAUUGGAAAAAAUCUUUAUUUGCAACAGCCCUAGUCACCUAUGGGGCUAUUUAUACGAAAAAUCAUUUUCAGAUUCAAGAACUGAUGAGAUUGUAUUGCCAAAAAGCUGCAGAAUAUGGAAAAGAAUCAAUACCUCUAAAUAUGAAACCUAGACAUAUAACUGUAAUUCUUAAUCCAAAUGCAAACAAACGCAAAGCCUCAGAAGAAUUUGAAAAAUACUGUGCCCCACUUUUACACCUUGCAGGAAUAUCUGUAGAUGUAAAGAAAACUGAAUCAGAAGGUCAUGCCAAGACUCUGAUUGAAGAAGUUCAUGGAACUGAUGCAAUUGUUAUUGCAGGAGGAGAUGGUACUUUGUCAGAAGUUAUUACAGGUUUAUUGAGACAUAAUAAUGAUGAUGGUGGAAACAUUCCUAUUGGUAUUUUGCCUCUUGGAAAAAACAACACCUUAGCAAAAAUAAAAUUUUCUGGAGGUAAAAAAUUGGAUAAAGUGAGAUCUUUAGCUGAUGCAACUAUGGCUGUAAUUGAAGAAACCAUUAAACCAGCUGAUGUCAUGAAAAUUGAAAUAUUGUCUGAUAGCACUGAGACUAAUGCCAAUAAACCAGUUUAUGCUGUUACCUCCCUGAAGUGGGGAGCAUAUAGGGAUGCUGAAGCUAAAAAAGAUAGCUACUGGUAUUUUGGCCCUUUGAGGAAAUAUGCUACUUAUAUUUUUAAUGGAUUCAAAACAGAGCUUACUUGGAAUUGUGAAGCUAUAAUGAGUUACAGCUUACCUUGUGAAGGUUGUUCUAACUGUUAUAAAAAGAAACAACAAAUCAUUAAUAAUGGAUGGUUCUCCAGAUUCAUUAAAGAUGAUCCACAAUCAGAAUUUCUCAGAGUCAAUAAUCCUGAUUGCCAAAUUACCCAUGAGAAGAAAAUUUCAACUACAGAUUUGGCUCUAUCAACUCUAAACAUAAUUGAAAAUCCAUCAGGUACUGAAGAUAUUCCAAAACUGGUUAUUGAAAUUGGACCCAACAAAGUAGAAUAUAUGGAUUUUGUGAGAAAUGGGUUCAGAAUGGAGAAAGGCAUGAAAAGAGAUGUUGAGGAAAUAAUUGAAGUAAAAUCAAUUGAAAUAAAUCCUGAGCUUGUGCAAGGAAAGGAUGUUUGGUUCUCUAUUGACAAUGAAGAUUAUGAAGUUAAACCUGUUAGAAUAACUUUAUUACCAAAGAUCAUACAUAUCUUCUGUAGUAAAGAAUCAAUAAAUGUUUAAAAUUAAAUAAUAUUUUGAUUGACUCAAAUUAUAGUUUUGCCAGUUUCUAGCCUAAUUAAAAUAUUGUUGAGUUUAUUUGGUAGCUAUUCUAUGAUCAUUUAUCAUCCAAUAUUUGUCCAUUUUCAUCAGAUUGAACAUUUUGACUUUUACUUUCCUCUAUAGUUGCUGGAAUCAAAUCACCACAUUUGGAUGACCUGGCACACUGAUACAUUGCUUUUCCAUGCUUUGAAGCAGUGAAUAUCACCUCUUCUAAUUUUCCAUUUGCAGUACACAUCCUACAAACACAGUGUUUAUGUCUCACAAGUGUUGGUCUUAUAAUCCUUGGCCACUUUUGAUCAGGGUUUGUAUUAUUACUUUUCCCUUUUUUGAGUAUAACAUAGGAAUAUAACUCUUUCUUAGCAACUGAAGAACCUCCAAGAGGCAAUGUAAAAUAUGUGACUUCAAAAUUACAUGGAGUGCCAUCAUCUAGAAGAAAUCGUGGGCAGGUAUCAUCAUGUGGACAAGGACUGAACACUGUUCCUAGGUUUUGUUCAUGUUUUACUUGCAGUAUGAAAUCUCUGAUUUCAUUGACAAUUUUGAAACCUGCAUUUGUUCCCUGUUCAACUAUUACCAGAUAUUUUCCAGUUUUGUUCCACAAAUUCACUACUGUUUCUAACCUAGCUUGAAGAGAUGGUAACUCCAUCAUAGAGUAAGCACUAAUUACUAUAUCAUAAGUUACUUUAGUAGCUGGCAAAAAUUGUCUGUAGAACACCCCUUUGGGCUUAUUGCCUUUUGGUGUGCCACCCUGCAAGAGUGUCUGUGCUAAAUCAUUUAUAUCCCUAGAAAUAUCAACAUUGAAGUAUUCAUAAAUAUUUUGCUUCCAAUAUCUGUGUGCAGCCCAUGUUGCAGUUCCAACACCUGAUCCAAAAUCAAAAAGACUUCUUGGUAUGAAGUCAAUGUCUCUGGAUUUUAUUUCACCAAAUAUUUUUGCUAAAACAGCAUAUUCAGGUGCUGAUCUGCCCAGCAGAUAGACAAGUGAAUUAUAUACAUCAAAUUUUAUAGGUCUCCAAUUGUACACCUUCUCCCUUAAAAUAUUCUGUGUUUUGUUAUGAAUCAUUUGUCUAAACCUAGAUUCAUCCUGGUCAUUAUUGAUAGUGACAUUAGCAUAACGUGAUAGCACUUUUUGUUGUACUUUUUCCACAGUUUCUUUCAAUUCUUCCUUUUCCAUAGGGGGAACUCUACCUUUGAGAUGUCUAUUCAACUUUUCACUAGUUUCAAGUAAUGCUUUUACUGGGUAAUCUGCUGUAGCAUUGACAACAGCUUUUAUAAAUGGCUCAGGAAUAAGGACACUUCUAGGCUUCAUACUUCCUGGAUGAUUUCUUAUUGUAAAUAUAUUUUUGUUAAUGUUUUCUAUUACAUGUUGAUCUGGUUUCAGGACCGCUUUUGGAACUGAAGAUAUAUUUCUCCUAACCAUUUUUUCAGCUAUCAUUAUAGGACAACAGUUCAUUUUGAUUGUUUCACUUGCGUUGAGAUAGUGGUAUAUAAAGAAGAUCAGUUACCCCCAUAUCUACCCAUGAUGUGAAAAUUAUUUAAAAUACAAAUAAAAUAAAACUGAACCAUUAACCUAAGUUUUUUGAAAACUUU